AUGACAGCCAAGAGCAAAACGACGGUCAUUGACGGCAAAACCCAGCGACUAAACCCCAAGACCACGGACCUCGACUUCUUUGGAAUCCCUGGAGCCACCUUUAUCACCCUUACGCUGCCGCUUUUCAUCUUGUUUCUACAGAUCGGAUGCACUCCAGAGUCUUGCACAGUGGCUGGUGUGCUGAAUAUUGACUGGUCAGCGGAGAUGACCAAACUAAGAGCCAUGCCUCUGUUUGAUAUCAAUGUCUUCGGCGUCUAUCUGACCUGGUUCUUCUCCCUGGCAGCAUGUGAUCUGAUCCUGCCUGGCCCCGUGGCUGAAGGGGUGGUUCUGCGAGAUGGAAAGACCCGACUCAAGUACAAUUUGAAUGGAAAGACCGUAAUGACCACAUUGGCAGUCAUUCUGGCUGCUCGAUGGGUGCAGACUGGAGGAGCUAUGCCCGAACUUGUGUUCUGCUACGACCACUACGUCCAGAUUGCCACGUCUGCCAUUGUGUGGUCCUUUAUUGUUGCCACUUACGUCUACGUGGCCUCUUUUACUCACGACUGCAUUCUGUCUGUUGGAGGUAAUUCUGGAAACCCCAUUUUCGACUGGUUCAUUGGCCGAGAGCUUAACCCCCGAAUCGGCUCCUUUGACAUCAAGUACUUUUGCGAGAUGCGGCCUGGUCUGCUUCUGUGGGCUGUGCUCAAUCUUGCAAUGGCUCACCAUGAGUACAUCACCAAGGGCUUUGUGUCUCUCCCCAUGGCACUUGUUGUUCUGAUGGAGAUCUAUUAUGUAGUAGAGGGAAACUGGGAGGAGUAUGGAGCCAUCCACAUGAUGGAUAUCACCACUGAUGGAUUCGGGUUCAUGCUGGCCUUUGGAGAUCUUGCUUGGGUCCCCUUUGUGUACACCGUUCAGGCCCGAUACCUGUCUACCCGAACGAUUGAGUACCCUCUAUGGUAUGCUGGUAUCAUUGUGACUCUUUUUGCUACCGGAUACUACAUUUUCCGAGCCUCAAACAAUGAGAAGAAUGCGUUCAAGCACGGAGACGCUCCUCACCUGAGGUACAUUGAGAACGACAAGGGCAACAAGCUCAUCGUCAGUGGCUGGUGGGGUGCAGCUCGACAUGUCAAUUACCUAGGAGACUGGCUCAUUUCUUGGGCCUGGUGUCUUGCCACUGGUUACGAGAGCAUCUUCCCUUACUUCUUUGUGGCCUACUUUGGAGUGCUGCUGGUCCAUCGAGAGAUGCGAGAUGACCACAAGUGUGCUCUGAAGUACAAGGAGCUCUGGGUUCAAUACAAGAAGGCUGUUCCCAGCGCUAUCAUCCCAGGCAUCUACUAA